ACGAAAUCGCAUCUGGCACCCGGCAUACUACGCAGCUUGUAUCUAGAAAUGUAUCGCUAGUGCUAAUAACCAGACGAAGAAGAAGAAUCUAGAAAUGUAGAAGGCUUGAGAAUUGUUUGGAACGAGAAGUACAAGAACGAGGUUAAUUGUAAGUGUGGUUAAGCGUGGUUGAGACAGCGUAGUCGAACGUUUAACGUGGUCGUAUGCUAUUCUUCGCAAGUUUUCGUGAUCUACCUAACCUAUAUUGUAAAUAAUUGUACGUGGAUUUUGUUCGGGGAGCCUGUUGCAUGUCUUUUUGAGAAUACAAUGGUGAUGGAGGAAUCAGAUAUGGAGCUAGCCUCGGAAAGUAUACCGGUUCCUCAAAUACAGGCACCAGUAAUCGAUACGAUUAAGCGCAACAACAAAUCGGGCGCUUCGCAUGGUAAACCGAGACUGAGGAAGAAAGCGUUGCACUCCUUGAUACUCAAGCAAAUGGAGUUCUAUUUCAGCGAUGCUAACUUGAACAAGGAUCGCUACCUGUCUGGACUUUUGAAAGAAAGUCCCUAUGUGGAUCUCGAGGUAUUUACAAGAUUCAAUAAGCUGCGCGAGUUAACCACAGAUAUCAGCAGGAUAGCUAAGGCUCUGCAGGGAUCAACUAUGUUAAAAGUAUCGGAGGACGGUACAAAGGUCUGUCGAUUAACUCCGAUUCAGAAGAAGGAAAAUGUCGACGAAUGCACGAUUUAUGUGCAAAAUCUACCUCCAGAUGCUGAUCAUGAUUGGUUGAUAUCAAUUUUUUCUAAAUACGGAUCGGUAGACUACGUUUCGAUUCCACGUAACAAAAGCAACAGGAAGAUAAGGGGAUUCGCAUUUGUGGAAUUUGAUAUGCCAAGCAGUGCUCAAGAAUGCAUCAAGAUAUUCCGGAAAAAAGGACAUGUCUUACCAUCGUAUACACCUCCUACUGAAGUAUUAAGUAUAACGACAUUUGACGAACCUGAAAAAGAUGCAGUGGUUGGAGUAAUUAGUUCAAAGGCUAAGAAAUUGAAAGACAAUGAAAAAGAAAAGGCAUCCAAUGAAGAAACAGGCAAUAAAGAUGACGUUUGCGAAGUAGACACAGGGUCUAAUAAUGGCAAACAAAGUUUUAAGAAAAGAAAACAUUCUUCAGAAAAAUUGAUUGUUAUAGAUGAAAGCGACAUUAAAGUUAAGAAAAAGAAAAAAGAAGCUGGUGAACAAAAUAUAACGGAUCAGCAAGAUGAAAGAGGAAAGAUACCAAAAGCUGAAUCUGAAGACAAAGAUAGUACUUGUGACAAUGAAAUAAAUGUAGCGGAUAAUAAUGGUAAACAAAGUUCGAAAAAAAGAAAAUAUUCUUCAGAAAAAUCAUUUGUUACAGACGAAAGCGAUAUUAAAGUCAAGAAAAAGAAAAAGGAGAUGAAUCAAAGUACGACAGAUCAGCAGAAUGAAAAGAAAAGGGUAUCAAAAGAGGACUCUGAAGACAAAGAUAAUGAGAUAGAUAAUAAUGAUAGACAAGAUAUAAAGAAAGGUAAAUAUGUUUCACAAAAAUCGCUUGUUACAGACGAAAAUGAUAUUAAAGUAAAAAAAAAGAAAAAAGCUGCAGAUCAAAACACAACAUAUCAGCAGAAUGAAAAAGAAAAGAUGCCAAAAGAAGAACUCGAAGGAAACAAGGAUAAUUGUUACGAUAACGAAGUAGAUGCAGCAUAUCAUAAUGUUAGGCAAAGUUUAAAGAAAGAAAAACAUGCCCCGGAAAAAUCGCUUGCUGCAAACCAAAGCGACAUUAAAGUAAAAAAAAGGAGGAAAGAAAGUAUAAAUCAAACUAUAAUAGAUCAGCAGAAUGAAGAAGAAAAGGUGCCAAAAGAAGAAUCCGAAGACAAGGAUAAUACUCACGAUAACGAAACAGAUACAGCAAAUGAUAAUGGUCGACAAAGCUUAAAGAAAAGGAAACUUACUCCAGAAAAGUCAUGUAUUAAAGGCGAAAAAGAGAUCACUGGAAAUAGCAAUAUAGAAAAUCAAGAGAUUUCGAACAAAAAUCGUAACAAAGUUACAGAAAAAAAGAGGAAAAGACUCACGAUAGACGACACAAUUGUUGCAGAAGACAUCAGUGAAGAAGCAGUAAAAAAAGAAUGCGAAGAACCAGUGAUAAAUUCGAAUAAAAAUGAAACGACAGAAUUGGAAUAUCUGUACGAAGGCGAUGAGAGCAAUGAGACACCAAAUGCUUUAUUACAAACUGAAAAACAUUCCGCGAGAGAUCUCGACAUGAGAAAUAGCGAGGAGACUAGCGUCGACGAAAGGAAGAAGAAAAAGAAUCGGAAAAAAAGAAGCAAAAUUCAGGACAAUGACAUCUGUAGUAAAAUGGGAUUGCAAAUAAUGGCGAAGUCGGAUUGGAAGCGUGUUAGAAACAGAUACUUAGAUUUGCAACGAUCUAAAAUGUCACAACUAAAACUGCAUUUAAGGAAAGCUGAGGUGGAAAGAGGCGGAAUUAUGACAAAGAAUGGAUGGUACUACGAUAAAACCGGACAGAAUAAUACAUCGCAUGAUAAAUUUAAACAUGAAAAUGAUAACGGGAAACUUAAUGAAGAAAACAAAUCUUAUGGACGUGUUAAUUAUGCGCCAGGAAUCAUAGUCAAGAUCGAAAUGGAUGAGCCUUGCACAGAUCUGCAGAAUUUUAAGAUGGAGUUAAAAGAAAACAAUUCUGUGAAAUAUAUAGACGUAACAGCUGAUUCUUGUGAAGCCUAUGUAAGAUUCGAAACAGCAGAAGCUGCACAGACAUUCGUGCAGAAGAGCUACGAAGGAAGACGCUUGACUGUUUUAGAAGGUGAUGAAGAGAAGUUAUAUUGGGAUAAAAUAUCGGAAGACAGGACGGAGCAGUUGAGCAAGAAGAAAAGAGUCAAGCAAAGAGGGCGUGAUAAAUUGCUGAAACGAGCGGAGAAAGAACUUGGGAAAUGUAUAAAGUUCGAUCAAGAUUGACUUAUCGUAUUAUUCGAUUUUUUCUAAAAUUUUUAAUAUACGUACACGCGCAUAUGUUACGUUGUAGCACAAAUCCACAUAUGUAUAUGUACGUACAUGUAUGUAAAUAACGCUUGGCAUAGCGAUAUAGUUGAAGUAAUUAAAGGAAAUUUGGCAACUGAGUAAA